UGGAGUAUACAAUAAUGAUGUAUUUGAUGAAUCAAAUACAUGGUCUAAUAAUGAACCAUUUCAUUUUAACAUAACAUUGAAAUUAGUUGAUAAUAUUAGUUGAAUAUUUUUUUUCUUUUUUUUUAUUUUUAUUUUUGUCAAAGGUUUCAUUCAUGCAUAAUCUAUAUCGAGUAGACCUUGUCGUUGUGAGAAUUCUUAAUUCAUGAGUUGUAGGGAGGGACUUAUGUCACCACAAACAGAGACUAAAGCAAGUGUUGGAUUUAAAGCUGGUGUUAAAGAUUACAAAUUGAAUUAUUAUACUCCUGACUACGAAGUCAAAGAUACUGAUAUCUUGGCAGCAUUCCGAGUAACUCCUCAACCUGGAGUUCCGCCCGAAGAAGCAGGGGCUGCGGUAGCUGCCGAAUCUUCUACUGGUACAUGGACAACUGUGUGGACUGAUGGACUUACCAGUCUUGAUCGUUACAAAGGGCGAUGCUACCACAUCGAGGCCGUUGUUGGGGAGGAAAAUCAAUAUAUUGCUUAUGUAGCUUAUCCUUUAGACCUUUUUGAAGAAGGUUCUGUUACUAACAUGUUUACUUCCAUUGUGGGUAAUGUAUUUGGUUUCAAAGCCUUACGAGCUCUACGUCUGGAGGAUCUGCGAAUUCCCACUUCUUAUUCCAAAACUUUCCAAGGCCCGCCUCACGGCAUUCAGGUUGAAAGAGAUAAGUUGAACAAGUAUGGUCGUCCCCUAUUGGGAUGCACUAUUAAACCAAAAUUGGGAUUAUCUGCAAAAAACUACGGUAGAGCGGUUUAUGAAUGUCUACGUGGUGGACUUGAUUUUACCAAAGAUGAUGAAAACGUAAACUCACAACCAUUUAUGCGUUGGAGAGAUCGUUUCUUAUUUUGCACCGAAGCACUUUUUAAAGCGCAGGCCGAAACAGGUGAAAUCAAAGGACAUUACUUGAAUGCUACUGCGGGUACAUGUGAAGAAAUGAUGAAAAGGGCCAUAUGUGCCAGAGAAUUAGGAGUUCCUAUCGUAAUGCAUGACUACUUAACUGGUGGAUUCACUGCAAAUACUAGCUUGGCUCAUUAUUGCCGUGACAACGGCCUACUUCUUCACAUCCAUCGCGCAAUGCAUGCAGUUAUUGAUAGACAGAAAAAUCAUGGUAUGCAUUUCCGUGUACUAGCUAAAGCAUUACGUAUGUCUGGUGGAGAUCAUAUUCACGCCGGUACAGUAGUAGGUAAACUGGAAGGGGAACGUGAGAUGACUUUAGGUUUCGUUGAUUUAUUACGUGAUGAUUAUAUCGAAAAAGACCGAAGUCGCGGUAUUUUCUUCACUCAAGAUUGGGUCUCUAUGCCAGGUGUUCUGCCCGUGGCUUCAGGGGGUAUUCAUGUUUGGCAUAUGCCUGCUCUGACCGAAAUCUUUGGGGAUGAUUCCGUACUACAGUUUGGCGGAGGAACUUUAGGACACCCUUGGGGAAAUGCACCUGGUGCAGUAGCUAAUAGGGUGGCUUUAGAGGCGUGUGUACAAGCUCGUAAUGAGGGACGUGAUCUUGCUCGUGAAGGUAAUGAAAUUAUCCGUGAAGCUAGCAAAUGGAGCCCUGAACUAGCCGCUGCUUGUGAAGUAUGGAAAGAGAUCAAAUUCGAAUUCGAACCAGUAGAUAAGCUAGAUAAAGAGAAAAAGUAAGUGUGCAUAAUUCAGUAAUUCCUGUUUGUUCUCCUAAUUGAUUGCAAUUAAAGUCGGCCCAAUCUUUUCCUAAAAAAAAGAUUGGGCCGAUUGCCGAAUAAAAAAAAAAAGAAUGAGCAUUCUAUACUAUGUAUUUGCAUAUAUCUUUUAUAUGUACAGAUGUACAGAUCUUACCUAUAUAUAUACAAGAUAAGAUCGAAGACUAAACAACUCAAUACUUCUAUUGUUUGUUGUUGGAUCCAUAGGAUUGGAUUAAUUAUGGAUCCUUGGGAUUGGUGGACUUUUUUAUAUCUCCUAGUUUCAGGCCAUAGAUCAAGCCAAGGGAAAGGCUCCUUUACCCAUCCUAUAUAUUGUCUUUUUCGUUCCAUGUUAAAAUAGAAACUUAAUUAUUUGAUUAUACGAGAACAAAUUCUUUAUUCUUUAUUUAUAGAAAUAAACAACUAUCUCUAUUUUCGAUGAGAAUUUGUACAUCACAUGGAAGAAAGCUGUGUCUUUCUAUUUUAAAAUUUAUAAAAAGAUUCUAUCAAUAUAUAUUGAAGUGAUACCUCGGCUUCCCACAAAGGAGAAACAUUUCUUUCAAUACUUACUCGUUCUUUCAAUACUUACUCGUUAUUAAUUAACAAUCCUAAUGAUUAGGAUUAGAUUCGUAUGCUUAAUUCUGAUAAGAAAUCAAAUAGUGAAAGUAAAAUGAUUAUCCAUCGAAUGUAUUGUAUUUCAUCAAAUAGGGGGUAGAAAGACUCUAUGGGAAAAUGGUGGUUCCGUUCGAUGUUGUCUAACGAGAAGUUAGAACAUAGGUGUGGGCUAAGUAAAUCUAGGUGUGGGCUAAGUAAAUCAAUGGAUAGUCUUGAUGGUAUUGGACAUACCAGUAGAAGUGAACAACCUAUUCUAAACGAUACGAAGAACGAUACGAAGAAAAAGAUUCCUAGUUGGAAUCAUAGUGGUAAUUAUAGUUUCACUAAUGUUGAUUCUUUAUUUGAAAUCAAGGAUAUUUGGAGUUUGAUCUCUGAUGACACUUUUUUUAGUUAGGGAUAGUAAUGGUGACAGUUACUCUGUAUAUUUUGAUAUUGAAAAUCAGAUUUUUGAGGUUGACAAUGAUAGUUCUUUUCUGAGUGAACUAGAAAAAAAACUUUCUAGUUAUUUGAGUAGGGGGUCUAAGAAAAAGAAUCACUACUAUUAUCAUUACAUGUAUGAUACUCAAUCUGGUUGGAAUAAUCACAUUAAUAGUUGCAUUGAUAGUUAUCUUCGUUUUGAAGUCAGUAUUAAUAGUUCUAUUUCGGGUAGUACCAACAAUUACAGUGACAGUUACUUUUAUAACUUCAUUUGUACUGAAAAUAGAAAUAGUAGUGAGAGCGGUAGGUCUAGUAAAAGAACUAGAAAAAAUUUCAAUGAUUUCCAUGAAGAGGUGGAAUCCGAUUUCCAUGAAGAAGUAGAAUUCCACGAAGAAGUAGAAUCCGACUUCCAUGAAGAAGUAGAAUCCGAUUUCCAUGAAGAAGUAGAAUUCCACGAAGAAGUAGAAUCCAAUGAUUUCAAUGAAGAAGUAGAAUCUGAUUUCAAUGAAGAAGUGGAAUCCGAUUUCAAUGAAGAAGUGGAAUCCGAUUUCAAUGAAGAAGUGGAAUCCGAUUUCAAUGAAGAAGUGGAAUCCGAUUUCAAUGAAGAAGUAGAAUUCCAUGAAGAAGUAGAAUUCCAUGAAGAAGUAGAAUCCGACUUCCAUGAAGAAGUAGAAUCCAAUGAUUUCAAUAUAAAUCAAAAAUACAAACAUUUAUGGGUUCAAUGCGAAAAUUGUUAUGGAUUAAAUUAUAAAAAAUUUUUUAAGUCAAAAA